UCCUAGCUGUGAUCUGAUUGGCUGAAGGCCCUGCCAAUCACCGUGUCCUUUCCACCUACUUCCGGCAGGCUCCAGAGGCGCUACACUUUUCAGUUAUUUAUGUAAGCCGAGGCCAAACUGACACAAAUUAACAGUGAUGUUCGGUUCCACCAAGUGGUUUUAAAGAACUGUCCGGGUUACAGGUCGUGUUUGUGGCCGUCUGUGAUGCUCGCAGGGAGGAGGGGCAGCAGAAACGUUGGACCGUCGGUGGAAACAUGACUGCUGAGUAACAUUUUGUUACCUUUUUUUCUGCUCAGUAUGAACAGCGAGGAGGAAUUUUUCGACGCUGAGACAGGACUGGAGUCUGAUGAUUCCUGUGAGGUCAGUUUCAAAGAUGCCCUGGUGUUUGACAGCAAACAGGUGACCGAUGGCAGCAGCAUGCAGGAGAACGGGUUGUGGGAGCGCAGGAAAGCCCUGCCUGCAGAAACAAUCUCCAGGAACAAUUUCAGUGUGUGGAGCAUAUUGAAGAAAUGCAUUGGAAUGGAGCUUUCCAAAAUCGCGAUGCCGGUUGUGUUUAAUGAGCCGCUGAGUUUUCUCCAGAGAAUCUCGGAGUACAUGGAGCACACUCACCUCAUCCACAAAGCCUGCAGCUUGUCGGACACCGUCGACCGCAUGCAGGUUGUUGCUGCCUUUGCUGUUUCCGCUGUAGCAUCUCAAUGGGAGAGAACUGGAAAGCCAUUUAACCCUCUGUUGGGGGAAACGUAUGAACUGAUAAGGGAGGAUGAAGGAUACAGAUUGAUCUCUGAGCAGGUGAGCCAUCAUCCCCCCAUCAGUGCCUUCCACGCUCAGUCUCUGAAGCAGGAGUUUGAGUUUCAUGGCUCCAUCUACCCAAAGCUGAAGUUCUGGGGUAAAAGUGUUGAAGCUGAGCCUAAAGGCACAAUGACGCUGGAGUUAUUAAAACAUAAAGAGGCGUACACCUGGACGAAUCCAAUGUGCUGCAUCCAUAACAUCAUUUUGGGGAAACUCUGGAUCGAACAAUACGGAACAGUGGAAAUAGUCAACCACAGCACUGGAGAUAAAUGCAUCUUGAACUUUAAACCAUGUGGGAUGUUUGGAAAAGAUCUUCACAAAGUCGAAGGAUUUAUCCAAGACAGAAGUAAGAAGAAGAGACGAGUCAUCUACGGGAAGUGGACAGAGUGCAUGUACAGCAUCGACCCCAAGCUUUAUGAAACACAGAAGAAGGCAGAGAAGAAGACGGGGAGCGACCCAAAGAAGCAGGAACGUAGCUGUGAAGUGGAGGAGGAGGACGACGAAUUGCCAGAAGUUCAGGAUACGGUGAUGGUGAUACCAGGAAGUGCCUUACUGUGGAGGGUAACGCCGCGGCCCAGUCACUCAGCACAGAUGUAUAACUUCACCAGCUUUGCUGUGACGCUAAACGAGCUGGAGCCCGGGAUGGAGAGGCUGCUGGCGCCAACGGACUGCCGGCUCAGGCCUGACAUUAGAGCCAUGGAACAUGGAGACAUAGAUUUAGCUAGUGCAGAGAAGGAGCGAUUAGAGGAAAAACAGAGGGCUGCACGCAGAGAACGAUCAGAGGAUGACGAGGAGUGGUCGACCAGGUGGUUCCGAAUGGGAACAAACCCUUUCACCGGAGCUGAGGACUGGCAGUACACAGGCGGAUACUUUGACAGGAAGUACACGGACUGUCCCAACAUUUACUGACACAAAAAAAGAUAGAAACUCUCUGUGUUUCUGGAAAAUGUUCACUUUAUUUCUCGUCAUCUCAAAUCUCUGCGACUUGAAAACUGGGCAGGUUAUUCAGACCGGCACUGUGUCUCUGUUAGAGCAAACUGUUAAGCGACUGUGAACAUGCUCUGCAGGAGAGUUUUAGAGAAACGUUGACGUCAGACAUCUUCAUCGUUACUUACGCUAACAGUUCGCCAUUUAAGGGUUUUAAACAAGCCACCAGUGUGAGCUCUGCAAGCACAAACGAGCUGCAGAAGCGUUUUAGUUCAGGUCAUACAAACACUUCAUGUUGCAUUUAAAUAUCAGGGAUUAUUUAAACACAUCUGCUACUUUUAUAUAACCAACUCUGACAUUAGAUGUCUAUUUUAUUCAGCACUACGCAUCUUUAAAAUGUCACAAGUGUUUCUGUGAAUAGAGAUUUUUUAAAAAGCUGCUUUUAAUCAUGUUUACGUUUAUCGUAAGCAGAUUUUGUCGGUACAAAUAUAUAGUUGUGUGUAGAGAACAAAAAAUAAAAUGGUGCCUGCAUGUUCACCAAGAUGCUAAUAGAAAAGUUAGAGCCAUAAAUAAUGAUUUCCUGCACUGAGUAUAGAAACAUUUAUGGACAAAAUCUGAUUUUGACACUGUGGCUGCCUCUCACCUCUAUGCUCUGAAAAACACAACAGAAAAAAAUAAAGUGUCAGAAAUCCAGUUAAGAAAACUAAAUGAUUAUUAAGCUUCUUCUUUUUCUAAACUUUUAAACGUGGAGCUGUGGAGCCCCCUAGAGGACAUAUGAAAAAUAAUAUUUUGCGUUCUCUUGCGACAAAUUAGUAAACACACCUUGGUCUACUUUUUAUACAAAAACAUUCUUAGAUCUUUGGUGCAAAAAAAUUUUUUUAAUUGAAGUAUUACUGUGUGUUUGUUUGUUUGUAAACCAAUCAGACUACCAAUCGAAAGACACAAUCAAAACAUUCAGAUUACUUUAUUACCCAUGAAAAUAACUCAAAAAUAGUUUAGAUGUAUUUUUCUUUCUGUUUAUUUCUUAGAAGGGAUGGAAAACCAAUGUUUGACCUGUUUUGCUUUUGCAUUUUGGACAUAGCAUUUCUAUCGUUAAAGAAAAAGAAAGAAAACUUCAGAUUUCUCACAAAGAGAUAUUAACACACAUGGAUAAACCUUACAAAAAUCUUACAUUACAGCAGAAAAUAUUUCAGUAUUCAGUUGUGAAUGGACCAGUACAUUAUUUCAAGGGAAAAGAAAAAAAUCUCCCAUGUCCCUUAGGGGGCUCCGUACGGAGCAGAAUGUUGGCAUGGAUUUGUUUUUGUGUUUUUUGUGGAGAAUUUAAGCUAAUUUGCACCUUUAAAAUGAUGCCAAACUGUCUCUUAGUUGAAACACAACAGAAUCAAAAGAAAAGGGAAAUGUUGCUCUGAAAGCGUCUGUGUGCUCUGGCUUUAAAAGGAGAGGCGCAGCACUGCAUGACAGACAAAGCUUUAAGUUUCCAUGUAGAAGUCUGAGCUUCGUUUUCAGUCUGGCCUCGUGACCCCGGGACGCUGCAGACGCCGUGAAUCUAUGCAAACCGAUCCAUCCUCUCCGCCCUCC